UUCCUUUUCAUAGCAGGAAAAUGAAAACUCAAGAAGUCACUUCCAAAAGCAAAAAGGCACAAUUUCUAGCACCCAGGUCAUUAAUUAGGAAGCGACUUCAAGCAAUUGCAGAAAAUUCAUUAAGAAGGGAACAACUCCGUACUUGUCAUGACAUGAACUUGAAUAUUCAAAAUCCAACACAAUAUCAAAAUAUGGAUGCAAAUUUUAGCGCUGAUUCAGAAAACUUUGAAGAGGAGAAUUUUGCACAAAAUCGCAGGAGAAGUGCAAAUACUAACAAUGAAGAGAAUGAUGAUUCUGCAGAAUCAGAUAAUCAUCGAGUGCAAAGUGAUGAUGCAAUACUAAAUGAAUCUCGACAAGAAGCUGAUAAUUCUCAAAGGAAGAAAAAUCCACCUCGUGGUAGUAAUAAGUGUCUAAAGUUGAAUAAUUUGUCACAUGGGGAGAAAAAAAUCAUUACUUUUUAUCAGAAUAGAGCUAUUGAACCAGAAUUUUCACGAUGUCUUGGAAUUAUUAUUCGAGAUAGAAAUAUUUGCCGAGAUAAAUUUGAUGCUGAUGACAUGGAGCAAAAGAGAGAGUCAGUAAUGAGACACUUGCGCGAUUUGUGGAAUAAGUGGCGUGGUGACAUGCACAGGAAAUAUGUGAAAGAAAAUUCAUUGCAAAUUGCACUUAGAAAUAAACCUACAGAAGUGAGUGUUGAUGACUGGGAUUGA